UCUCUGGUCGCCGCAGGGAGAGCUCAGGCUCCGAGCGCAGCGCACGGAGGGGAGGGGGCCGGGGCGCAGAUGCUGGAAGUUCACAUCCCGUCGGUGGGGCCCGAGGCCGAGGGGCCCAGGCAGAGCCCAGAGAAAAGCCACAUGGCGUUCCGGGUGGAGGUGCUGUGCCGGGGGCGCAGGCACACCGUGCUGAGGCGCUACAGCGAGUUCCACGCGCUGCACAAGCGGAUCAAGAAACUGUACAAAGUGCCGGACUUCCCCUCAAAACGCCUGCCCAACUGGAGGACCAGAGGAUUGGAGCAGCGGCGGCAGGCCUUGGAGGCCUAUAUCCAGGGCGUUCUGUACCUGAACCAGGAUGUGCCCAAGGAGCUACUGGAAUUCCUGAGUCUUCGGCACUUCCCCACAGACCCCAAGGCCAGCAGCUGGAGCUCACAGCUGCACCACCGGCCUGUCAUCAGCUUCUGCGUGGAUCCCUACAUUUCCAUCCCAUCCCCAGCCAGGACCCGACGCACAUCUUCCGUCACGUUCACAAGGCCGUUUCCUGACCACCGUGGCCUGAAACAGAUCCUCUGCUUGUCGGCACUUCAACAACGGCUGACUUCCCUCACCAUAUGUGGGCUCUUAACACUCAGGAUCUCACCUACCCCUCACAGCACCCACAACUCUUGCCACUCUCACUUUACAGAAGAGGAAAACAAAGCUCAGAGGUCCUGAGGUCACAAAGCAAGAAGGUGGCAGACACUAGGUUACACCCAACUGUAUCUGACUCCAUGAAUACAUGCAUCCUUCCCCAUCCACUGUUGCCACUAGCUACCACUUAAAUCUUGUAUUGUUAUGUAAUUUUCAGAGUGUUUUCUCCUAGUUUUUCCCACCUAAAUGAUAAACAACUUGAGGACAGAGCCUGAGUCCUAAAAGCUGUAUUACCGCCCAUGUGUGAGUUUUCAGGUAUUGGAAGUGAAAGGGAGUUGCUGUUCCACUGAUUUUUGUGUCCUCAGCACCCACCAGAGUCUGGCCAAUGAAUAUUCAUUGAUGGGGUGAACUGAAUCUGUGGUCCGAGGGGACAGUAGGCUGUGCACCAAAGUAUGGCGAGACCUGUGGGUUAGUUAGUCCAGGGUAUCUGUCUGUCUGUCCUAUGUGUACAAGUAAUGCAGAGGCAAGACAGUCAGCUCUCGCUAAGUGGUCGCUGGUGGGAAACUGCCAAGGAAAGCAACUUCUCCCACCUUUGCUGGGGCUUCAAAGGUCGCCCCACACAGGCUUUGCAUGCCUGACCCACCCCUGUGUUUCACUUGCUCCCCUCCCUCCAGGAGGUAUUAUUGCAAGAAAAGUCACCAAGGCUAUAGGCCUGGAUCAGCAGCUCUGCCAGCUAAGCGAGAUCCUCUUAUGUCCACCUGACCCCCCAUUACUCCCUCUCCUUUGUCCUGGGUUCCCCAUACAAAGAAGGGUGCAGCUGGUCUCAAUGAAGAUAACAGGCCUGCCCCUGGAGCUGAGGAAGGAAGAGGCCUCAUCUACCCAACACAGCCAGGCCCUCCCACCUUGGAGGCUGCACUGACAGACCCCUCUGCCCAGAGGACCUG